CCGCUUUAAAAAGCAUUCAGUCGAUGUAGACAAAAGUCCACGUAAACAUGGCUGACAGAAAGAAAAAACAGAAGAAAAUUGAUUCUGAAAAUGAAAAACCAUCAAAGGAGGAAUAUGCCAUUGCCAAGCACUUGCGGUUCACUUGUCCAGUUAAAGAGGCCAAGUUUGUUCCAAUGCAGAACAUGGUCAAGUGUUUUUAUGGAAACCAGGCCAUAGACACUCUGAUGGAUUCCAAAUGGGCAAAAUCUUCAAAGAGUGAAAUUCAAUUUACAGACAGAAAAUCUUGCCUGUAUUUUCUGGAAAGGUUAAUGGUAAAAGGAUUAUUUCACCGAGCCACAAAAAUUGAAAGGGGUAAAAAAGACAAAGAUAAAUUAAAAAAGAAAAAGAAGGAUGAAGAAAUAGAAGAUGAGAAGGAAAAGAAAAGCAAAAAGGAGAAAAAGAAAAUAAAAGAUAAAGAUGCCAAGGAUUCUGAUGCUGACAAACCGGACACAGUAGACGAAAAGAAGGUUGAAGAAAAAGAGAAAAAGAAGGAUGAACCAAAGAAAGAUGAAGAAAAGAAAAAGAAAGAAAAGAAGCUUAGACUGGACAUGGCAGAGGAACAGAGAUUUAUUGAUGGGGAGGAGAUAUAUGUGUGGAUUUAUGAUCCUGUUCCAAUGUCCACAUUUUUAAUAGGACUAUUGAUGGUGCUUGGUGCUGCUUUACUGUGUGUGUUCCCACUGUGGCCUGAUUGGCUGAGAGUGGCUGUUUAUUACGUCAGUUUAGUUGGAGCCAGCUUUGUUGGUUUCAUUCUGUUCCUGGCAGUCAUUCGAGGAAUUCUAUUUUGUGUUCUGUGGGUUUUAACACUGGGCAAAGUGCAUCUAUGGAUUCUACCCAAUCUAACAGAGGAUGUGGGAUUCUUUGACUCAUUCAAGCCAUUAUAUACAUACAAAGUCAUAAACAAAGAGGAACAGGAAAAAGAGAAAAAGAAGAAAGAAGAAAAGCGGAAAAAGAGAAAGAAAAGGGAACAGGAGGCUGGGGACUCAGAGAGUGAAACAAACGAUAAAAACGAGGAAGAACAAGGUCAGGAGGAGGAGGAAGAGGGACAGAAUGGGGACCAGGAAUUUGAAAUGGUACAGAGGGAAGAGUUAGAGGAUGAAGAGGAAGAGGAAGCAGAGGGCUCUGAGGAAGGGGAGGUCACUGGAACAGAGGAGGAAGACAAAAAGACAAAGUGAGAACAAAACAGAGAACUG